AUGGCGAUGUUCGACGUCCAUCAUCCAUGGACUUUUGCCUUCGGUCUCUUAGGUAAUAUCAUCUCCUUGAUGGUUUACCUUGCUCCAGUGCCAACAUUUAUUCGAAUUUACAAGAAGAAAUCAACAGAAGGCUUUCAAUCGGUUCCAUACGUGGUUGCACUAUUCAGUGCCAUGCUUUGGAUAUACUAUGGAUUACUGAAACCUGAUGCUCACCUUCUCAUCACCAUUAACUCAGUUGGAUGUGUUAUAGAGACCAGUUACAUUACCAUGUUCAUGGUGUACGCGCCAAAGAAAGCUAGGGUCCUAGCCAUCAAGCUACUGCUAUUGUUGAACGUUGGGACAUUUUGUUCGAUCCUUCUCUUCACUCUGUUUCUAGCAAAAGGUUCAAACCGUGUCAGGGUUCUUGGAUCCAUUUGUGUUGCCUUCUCUGUGAGUGUCUUCGCAGCGCCAUUAAGCAUUAUGAGACUUGUUAUACGUAGCAAGAGCGUUGAAUUCAUGCCGUUUUCGCUCUCCUUCUUCCUCACUUUGAGCGCUGUUAUGUGGUUCUCCUACGGCUUUCUACUUAAAGACUUCUACAUUGCUCUCCCGAACAUCUUGGGAUUCAUCUUCGGGGUCGCUCAGAUGGUGCUAUAUGCAAUAUACAAGGACGCCAACAGAAGUAAUAUAGAGGAACAGCAGCAGAAGGUGAAUGAGCAUGUCAUCGAUGUCAUUAAGCUAAACUCGGUGGCAAGCCCGGAGGUAUGUCCCGUCGAGUUGACAAAGAUUGUGGACGUAAGUAAUCUGGGCCUGGGGAAUAAGGAGCAUGAACAAACUGACCAUGACCUUGACCAUGGACUGGGAGGAGGAGCGCCAAAUGAAGCCCAGAACCAGCACAAUUAA